AUGGACACAAAUGUACUGUUGGAUUUCGAGGAUGAGUGGUUUGGUAUAGAAAAUGUUCCACCAUCAAAAGAGGUUAUUACGCCGAGCUUGGAUUUAACCACAUGGAAACGAUGCAGAGUUCUUACAAUUACGAAAUGUGAAAAGAAUGUUAUGCUGGUAACACUAGAAGAAAAAAACAGUAAACUAACAGCUUCAUGCCGACUUUUAUCGCCAUGGAAUACGAUAGAACACCUUAAACCGGGACUCAUUGUGUCCGUAAUAGCUGUCAAGGAGAGAAACGGUUCCGAAACGUUUGAAGUUAAUAGCAACGAAGGUUUUUUUGUCACAGAUCCCGAUUUUCUUGUGUCCGGAACUACAGUUGUUGGCUCAUUGUUUUGCCAGCGGAAGGGCGUUUUGCAAGAGUUAUAUCGCAUUUCGGAUACUGAAAACCAACAGAUGCACAUUGGAACGAUUGCACAUUCAAUUUUUCAACAAUGUCUAGUGGAUAAAACAUGUAAAUCGCUGGAAGAUAUAAAAAACAUUGCAGACGAGUUGUUUGAGUCCAGCAAAAUGGUCUUUUCGAUGUACGGGUUCAAAAUGAGCAAAAAUGAAGCACUUAGGUUGCUCAAUCCUUAUUUAAUACAAAUCGAUGCUUUUUUACAUAAAUAUGUCCAUUAUCGUUCAAUGCAGACAGGUGUGGGCGAAACUAACGAAAUGUACAUUAGUAAAGUGAACGACAUCGAGGAAAACAUUUGGUGCCAUCACUUAGGAAUCAAAGGAAAGAUUGAUGCCACCGUUUCAGUAAGAAGUGAAAAUGUGAGAAAUUGCGAAGUAAUGCCUUUGGAGUUGAAAACAGGUCGCGCUAGCUUCUCAUUCGAACAUAAGGGUCAGCUUGCCUUGUAUGAAAUGAUGAUGAAUCUCGUUGGCCACCGCGUCAAUGCUGGCUUGCUACUGUACUUAGGUGAAGGAAAAUGUACGAAGAUGAUUGCAAAUCGUAACAUGAAACGUGACUUAAUUAUGCUGCGAAACGAGAUUGCGCGCUUCUUUAGUCAGUGGAUGGUACAAAAUGAAAAUAUCCUUCUUAAUACCGAGGAACCGAUGCCAAUGUUGCCCACUCUACCGACUCCAAUAAAUAAUGCACGAGCUUGUGUAAAAUGCCCAUAUAAAACGGUUUGCGUCGCAUUGUAUCAACGAGAACCGCGAAGAGGCAACGAUAACGUUGGGUUUGGUUCUAUUGCGGAAAAUGCCUGCGAACAUCUUCGAAAUGGUGAUAUCGAUUAUUUUAUCAGAUGGAGUGGACUGAUAUAUUUGGAGCAGCAGGAGUUCAACAAGGCUCAGACCACUCGGAAACUGUGGACCAAAACACCCGAAAAACGUGCCGAAAAAGGGUGGUGUCUAGCAGGCUUGACAUUAGUUGGACCAGUGACGGUUGUAAAUGGUGCAUAUUCGCACACGUUUAUGGCAAAAAAACAUCCUUCUUCACUAAAUGGAGUACCCAUAGACACUGGUUUCCAUGUAGGGGAUUAUGUUAUUUGCAGCACAAACAAACGCAUUGCUGUAGCCGCUGGAUACAUCAUGAAUUGGAUUGAUACCAUGAUUGUUGUUAAUAUGGAGCGAAAUUUAACGGUGAAUCAUGCAGGUGAAACGUUUCAUCUUGAUCAAAGUUCAAAUUAUAGUUCGACAGGGUUUAACCUGUCUAAUUUAGCUAUGCUCGUUGCUCAAACGGAAGAAGCUACACGAAUUCGAAGGAUUAUCAUCGAUCGAGAAAAACCAACAUUUUCCGACAAGAUUCGGUCGUAUGAAACUCUAACAGGAGUGCAGAAUAUAUUAGGAAAGUUAAACUAUCACCAAAAGGAUUCAAUUUUAAAAGCCGCUGCUACUGAGUCCUUUUGUUUGCUCAAAGGUUUACCCGGAACUGGAAAAACACAAACAAUUGUAUCCCUCAUUCGAUUACUAUCACUGUUGAAAAAAUCCGUGCUUCUAACGAGUAAUACACAUUCUGCCGUUGACAAUGUAUUACAACGGCUUUUGCAAUAUGAUGAUGUAAAAUUCAUUCGAUUGGGGUCUUUAGAGCGCAUCGAUCCAGCUAUACAACCUUUUUCAGAUGCUGUUCUUCGGCAAGGUUGUGACACUACUGAAGAUCUUGAGAAACUUUACGACAAAUUUCAAAUAGUUGCAGUGACGUGUCAAGGAACAGGACAUGCUUUGAUUAAUCAGCGGUUAUUUGAUUACUGUAUUGUGGAUGAGGCGACGCAAGUUUUUCAACCCACCAUUAUUCGACCGUUAUUGCGAUCCAGCAGAUUUCUUCUGGUAGGAGAUCCUGAACAGUUACCUCCUGUAGUAAAGUCUGCUGAAGCAAGAUCUCUAGGUGCAACAGAAAGCUUGUUUCAUCGAUUGGAUCAAGAGGGCUCAUGCUGUAUUCUUCCAACGCAGUACAGAAUGAAUCGUGCGUUAACUGAAUUAGCUAACAGAUUUGCUUAUGAUGGAAAGCUAAUUUGCGGCACUGAUCUUGUAGCGAGUGCUACUCUUAAACUUCCAUAUCUACAAUGUCUGUGUGAAUCAUAUGUAGUGGAAAAAUGGCUCAUAAAAACGUUGUCUAUUAAGUUGGACCAGUCGGCAGUUAUCCUCGAUACUGGUAGUACAUACGAGCGCAAUUUACACCAUCGGAAAUUGCAUACAUUGACAGUACACAACGCAGAGCAAGACAAAUCAACCGACGAUUCUCUACUAGGAUGCACUAAUGUUUCAGAAGUUGCUCUUAUACUUUACAUUUGCCGUGCCUUGUUGCAAGCUGGUAUAAAUUCUGGGGCAAUUGGAAUUAUAGCGCCGUUUCGUGCGCAAGUAGACUUAAUUCGCAAGUACAUGAAACUUUUUUUAUUUAACAAAAAUAAUCUUUGUCCUCCGUUACAACAACAGGCUCAUUUGAGUGAAACACAUGCGAUGGGCGAAGAUUGUAUAGAAAUUAACACAGUAGAUCAAUUUCAAGGAAAAGAUAAAAAGCUUAUAAUAUAUUCUUGUACCAAGUCAUUGAAUCCCGCGGAAGCCAUGGCGACUGGAGGUGCUGGACAUACCCAGCGAAAUGAUAAAGAAAUUCUGAGCGACAAGCGUCGAUUAACCGUAGCGAUAACUCGAGCACAAGAGAAACUCAUCGUUAUAGGAGAUCGUUCAAGUCUAUGCACUUAUGCUCCGUUUUACAAGUUGUUUAAGAUAUCAGACGAAACCAGUAAUGUACAUAUUCUUGACGAAAAAGAUGGAUUUUCCUGGGAAAGUCCCAUACAAUUAUUGUCUUCAAUUAGUUAG